UCCAUACAAUGUCUCUCUCUGGUCCCACAAAAAUGUGAACACACACACACACACACUCUGUCUCUCUCGUGGAAGUCGCAGCACUCUCCAUGGCGACCACAGCGCACUCCCUACCCUUUCCACUUCUCAAACUCAAGCCACCCUCUCUCCCCAAAUCACACUUCCGCCGCACGUUCGUUCCCAAGUCCACUUUCAAUGCCUCCCCAAAACGCACCGUUUCGUCCACCACCUUCAGUCCCACGUUCCCACUUAACGGAGCCCGCAAAAGCAGACACGUGGCAGCAAAAUCCUCCGAAGCCGACACAGGAAGCGCUUCCACUCCCACCUCGCUCGGCCAAACCGUGUUUGGGGCGCUCCACUUGGCCGUGUCUCUGGGCCUCAUUCUGGCGGUGGAUAAGUUUCUGAAGAAAGCGUUUGUGGCCGCUGCUAUUAAGUUCCCGAGCGCGUUGUUUGGGAUGUUCUGCAUUUUCUCGGUUCUGGUUAUUCUUGACGCCACCGUGCCCGCUGCGGCUACGGCGGUGAUGGGGUUCUUCGAGCCGGCGUUUAUGUUCAUACAGAGAUGGCUCCCUCUCUUCUAUGUUCCCUCUUUGGUUGUCUUGCCCCUCGCCGUUAAAGACGUUCCCGCUGCCUCUGGCCUCAAAAUUGGCCUUAUUUUAGUUGGAGGAUGGCUAGCUACACUUUGUGUUGCUGGUUUCACGGCUAUAGCAGUAAGAAAAGCUGUGAAAACAGAAUUGGUAGAAGCUGAGCCUAUGGGAAAGCCUGCUCCGUUUUCUGCCAUUGAAGUGUGGACAUGGACUGCUGUUCUCCUUACAUCAUUUGUUUCUGCAUUAUUUUACCCUACAGCACUGGGUACAAGUGCCAGAACGUGCCUUCCAUUUUUGCUUGCUGCAACAGUGUUAGGCUAUAUUGUUGGCACUGGGUUGCCAUCAAAUGUGAAGAAGGUCUUCCAUCCUAUAAUUUGCUGUGCAUUAUCAGCAGAUCUGACAGCAUUAGCUUUUGGGUAUCUUUCCAAGUCAGGGCUUGAACCUGUUCUAGGAUAUUACCUGACAAAGGCAUCCUCUAAUCCUGGAGCUGGUGAUAUUUUAAUGGGAUUUUUGGGAUCUGUUAUUCUCUCAUUUUCCUUCUCUAUGUUCAAGCAAAGAAAGCUUGUCAAGAGACACGCAGCUGAGAUUUUCACCUCUGUCAUCAUCUCAACAAUAUUUUCACUGUACUCAACUGCCCUUGUUGGACGUCUUGUUCAAUUAGAACCAUCUUUAACUGUGUCCAUUCUACCCAGAUGUAUCACAGUGGCAUUGGCCCUCAGCAUUGUAUCCUUGUUUGACGGUGCCAAUUCAUCUCUCACAGCAGCUGUGGUUGUAUUAACUGGUCUGGUUGGAGCAAAUUUUGUGCAAGCGACACUCGAUAGACUCAGUUUCCGUGAUCCAAUUGCUCGGGGAAUAGCAACUGCUUCUAGUGCCCACGGACUUGGAACAGCAGCUUUGUCUGCCAAGGAGCCUGAGGCUCUCCCAUUUUGUGCCAUUGCUUAUGCUCUAAAUGGUAUAUUUGGAUCUAUUCUUUGCUCGAUUCCAGCUGUCAGACAGAGCUUGCUUGCAAUUGUUGGCUGAAAUUGUCAUUUAUCACGACCUGCUGCUAUUCAUUCCUUCAAAUGCCAUAAUAACUCUCGGUGCUAAUCUGAUGGUUGCACAAAAUGUAUAGGGCGAUAAUCCAGUAUCAUUGUGCCAAAUGUUAAUUGUAUAGAAAGCGAUAAUCCAUUCAUUUAUGAUUUAUUUAUAUUCUAUGACUGCAAUUAUCUAUGUUGUAUUUUUAUAAUCGGAAGGAAAUAUUACAAAAACAAUAAUAAGAUUCUUGGGACCUUUUA